CGCUGGCACCUGCUUGCGACCCGGCGACAGCCAGGGGCUAAGGGUGCGCCUGGGCGGCGGUGGGACCCUCCCCCGGGCGAGGGGCGGGCUCCGGGAGAGGCGUACUUCCCGCUCCCCGGCGGCCGCAAAGCCGCGGCGAGAUGACACCGGCCAAGAAGGGUAUUUUGGAGCGCCUGGACAGUGGGGAGGUGGUGGUCGGAGAUGGCGGCUUUCUCCUAAGCCUGGAGAAGAGGGGCUAUGUAAAUGCUGGGCUCUGGACUCCAGAGGUAGUGGUGGAGCAUCCGGAAGCAGUUCGGCAGCUUCACACAGAAUUCCUGAGAGCAGGAGCAAAUGUCAUGCAGACGUUCACCUUUUCUGCCAGUGAAGACAAUUUGGAGAGCCAGUGGGAAGCUGUAAAUGCCGCUGCCUGCGAUCUCGCGAGAGAAGUAGCUGACAGAGGCGAUGCUCUGGUGGCCGGGGGCAUCUGCCGGACAUCCAUGUACAAACACCACAAGGAUGAAGCUGCAAUUAAAAAGCUUUUCCGGCUCCAACUCGAGGUGUUUAUGAGGAAAAAUGUAGACUUCUUGAUUGCUGAGUAUUUUGAGUCGGCUGAAGAAGCUGUUUGGGCUGUGGAAGUCUUAAAGGAAUCAGGCAAACCAGUGGCUGCCACUAUGUGCAUCGGCCCAGAGGGAGAUGUGCAUGGGGUGGCCCCGGGAGACUGCGCCGUUCAGCUGGUGAAGGCAGGGGCUUCCAUCAUUGGUGUGAAUUGUCGAUUCGGACCCGAGACCAGCUUGAAAACGGUGGCGCUCCUGAAGAGUGGCUUGCAGAACGCAGGGUUGAAGGCACAUCUGAUGGUGCAGUCCCUGGGGUUCCACAUGCCUGACUGUGGCAAGGGAGGGUUUGUGGAUCUCCCCGAAUAUCCCUUUGCCCUGGAGCCCAGAGUUGCCACCAGGUGGGACAUUCAGAAAUACGCCCGAGACGCCUACAACCUGGGGGUCCGGUACAUCGGUGGGUGCUGUGGCUUCGAGCCCUACCACAUUAGGGCCAUCGCAGAGGAGCUGGCCCCGGAAAGGGGCUUCUUACCACCCGCUUCAGAAAAACACGGCAGCUGGGGAAGUGGUUUGAACAUGCACACCAAGCCCUGGGUUAGAGCCAGGGCGAGGCGUGAGUAUUGGGAAAAUCUGCUGCCAGCUACAGGCAGACCAUUUUGUCCUUCACUCUCAAAGCCUGAUGCCUCAGAGUAAGGAAGUAAUGAAGGAGUAGUGAUGGAGUAGUGGCACAGUCAUGGAGGAACAACAAAGAAAACCCUGCAUCCGUCCUAGAGCCCUUCCCUGCCUUGGUCCUCUAUCUACUUGCUACUCCCUCAGUGACUUAACAAUUAAGAUGCCACAGGUCCACGAUGCUCAACACUCAAUUGUGUGCUCCUGCUGCUGUUAAGCUAAUUCUAUACUAAAGCAAUGAGGGUGGGAGGGAUACUGGGUUCAUAG